ACGUCCUACAGAGAACGAUCAUGAUGAGGGGUGUUUUCCUGAUUGCAAGCUGUGUGCUGGCUUCACUGGCGGUUGUCAGCCAUGCAGUGACCUUCAAACGGCACAAUAUGUUGCUGGUAGCAAACGCGGGCUGCACAGGAGCGGGAGAGCCGUUCCCCAACCCCGAGGACUGCGGCAGCUUCCUGCAGUGCGAGGCGUCGGGCGUCGCAGCGGUCAAGCAGUGCCCCGCCAACCUGCACUUCAACGCGAAGCUCAAGGUGUGUGACUACCCGUGGUCCGCCAACUGCAAGGAGCAGGACAGCUCCUCUGCGGACAGUUCUUCUCAAGAGGGCGACGAUUCCUCAUCUGAAGAGGCAGACAAGGCCGUUGCUGAAGUCAGUGAGAAACUAGCAAAGAAACCAAAGGCCAUUGCUCUUCAUGCCUAAAUUUGCGAUACAUUUCUCCAUACGCCAAGUAUGACACAGGUCUGAAUGAAUGACCUACGUUCAACUAGUUCGCCUUUCUUGCUUUGCAUUAACAGUUCACGGAAACGGUACAGUAAUAAGUGCAACGCUUUCAUAAACCUACAAAAAAAAAAAAAAAGAA